AUGGAUGCCCUGUACCAGCUGAGCAAGGCGCAGUUCCACCAGGUGGCGACGCACAUCUCCCUCUACCACGAGGACGCCUCCCCGGGCUACCGCAGCCUCGCCGAGGACUGCCUGCGCCUCGCCGGCCUCCGGCCCGGCCGCUACGUCUACUGGAACGUGCCGAACAUGGGCGCCUACUUUGGCAAGACGGUGCCGGUGGACGUGCACGGCGGCUACGUGCUCGUCGACGAGGCCGCCGCGGGGCGCACGGCGACGAGCUUCGGGGUGCUGCGCUACGCCUUCCUCUCCGCCGCGGUGCGGGCGAAGGAGGGCGGGCGCUGGCGGUACGACUUCACGACGAUGAACGUCACCCUCGGCGCGGGGGUGGCCGCCGGCUUUGCGGCGCUCUCCGUCGGCAGGAAGCGCUGGGGCUGGAUGCGGCGACGCCCGGUGGGCAGCCUCGGCGUCGGCCUGCUCGUCUUCCUCGCCGCCACCGUGGCGGCCCGCCAGGGCAUCCGCGUCCUCGGCGUCGGGGUGGUGGCGGCGCACAACAGCCACAAGAAGGCCCUCACGCGGCUCAACUGCGCCGACUGCUUCGACGACGUCAACCGCUACACCGCCCAGCAGGUGGCGGAGCUGCAGCGGCAGGAGCUGCCGCGGCAGCCGGGGAUGCCGCCGCCGCCGGAGGAAUUUGUGCGUCGCUUCCAGCAAGGCACGCAGCUGCAGGUGAAACUGCUGCAGGCGGACAUGGACGAGGUGCGGGCGGCGCGGCGGCACAUAGGGGCCCACUUCUGCGACGUGCACCGCAGCCUCCGCGAGGACGCGGCGGCGUACGCCGCCACCGCCGUGCUGCCGAUCUCCCCCGCAGACGUCCAGCGCGCCAGCGAGCGCGCCCAGGCCGAGGCAGCGGAGUCGCUGGAGGCAAAGUCGGAGUGA